CCUUUCCCAACGUAAAGUACAAUUUUAAAAUUUAAGCUCCUGACUAAAAAUAAUGAUCCGCAGCCAAGCGCCGGGGUGCCCGGGCACCCACCCGGGGCCUCCGGCUGGUGCAGAGGGAGUGGGCAAGGGCAGGGGGAGUGGGUGAGGCUGCUGGUUGGUGCCUGAAAUCUGUGCGUUGCCCCUUUAAUUGUGUCCCCAGCCCUCGGGCGUUUCUGCCCAACGCCCACGUCAGCAAAUACCUUUUGUUUCUCUCACGUUGGGGCUACUUGUUUUAGGGCGUAAAGGAACGGCUUCGAAAGAAGGUCCUAGCCCCUGCCGAGACCCGGGAAUCAGCCCCCAGCCCGGCCGGCGCGCCGCGGCCCGCGGACGAUCUUCCAAACACAGCCUGUCUGACUUGGAACCUUCCCUCUUUUACUCCCCUCAGUCAAGUUAAGAGGUUUUCAAGAACAGCAAUCAUCAGUUUCAAGGAUGGAGAUCUCAUCACACCAGUCUCACCUCCUGCAGCAGCUGAAUGAGCAGCGCAGACAGGAUGUGUUUUGCGACUGCAAUAUCCUCGUGGAAGGGAAGGUCUUCAAAGCCCAUCGCAACGUGCUGUUUGCCAGUAGCGGCUAUUUCAAGAUGCUGCUUUCUCAGAACUCCAAGGAGACGAGCCAGCCAACCACCGCCACCUUCCAGGCCUUCUCCCCAGACACUUUCACGGUCAUCCUGGACUUCGUCUAUUCGGGCAGAUUGUCUCUUACGGGGCAGAACGUCAUAGAGGUGAUGUCAGCCGCCAGCUUCCUUCAGAUGACUGACGUCAUUAGUGUGUGCAAGACUUUUAUUAAAUCUUCCCUGGACAUCAGUGAGAAGGAAAAAGAUCGCUAUUUCAGCCUCUCAGAUAAAGAUGCGCAUUCCAAUGGUACAGAGCGGUCCUCUUUCUAUAGCAGUGGCUGGCAAGAAGGAAGCAGUUCUCCACACACUCAUCUAAGCCCAGAGCAAGCAGCAGGUGUGGUAGGUGGAAAACCUUGGAGUCAGUAUAAUUACCACCCAGUAUCCCAAAGGAAUACUCAGCCACCAUUGACCAAGCACGAACAAAGGAAAGAUGCCGUUAAAAAGAGCAAGCAUUUGCGACUGUCACAGCCCUCUGACGUUGCUCAUUUUAAGUCAAGCAAACGAGAAACCCAGACCUCCGAUUCUGCCAGUCAUGUUUCCCAGUCAGAAGAACAAGCACCAAUUGAUGCUGAACUGGAUACUACUCCUGUUGGCUAUCAGUACGGUCAAGGAUCUGAUGUCAUAUCCAGGAGUUUUUCAGAUGACCUGCCCCGGAUGCGGUUCAAGUGCUCCUACUGCACUCACGUGGUCAAGCGGAAAGCGGACCUCAAGCGCCACCUUCGCUGCCACACAGGGGAGAGGCCCUAUCCAUGCCAAGCUUGUGGGAAAAGAUUCAGCCGGCUGGACCAUCUGAGUAGCCAUUUUCGAACAAUCCACCAGGCCUGCAAACUCAUCUGCAGAAAAUGCAAGCGCCAUGUGACUGAAGUGACAGGACAGGUGGUGCAGGAAGGAACCCGGCGUUACAGACUGUGUAAUGAGUGCCUGGCUGACGUGGGCAUAGACAGCCUCCCCCUGGAUCUGGAGGCGGAGCAGCAUCUCAUGUCCACGGCAGAGGGAGAGAAGGAAGCCAGGUGGCACCUGGGCGAAGAGGAGAACAAGUCCUAUGUGGAGAUCGUGGAGGAUGGGUCGGCAGAUCUGGUCAUCCAGCAGGUUGAUGAUAGUGAAGAAGAAGAGGAAGAAAAGGAAGUCAAGCCCAAUAUUAGGUAGCCAUCGUGGGCUCCAACAGAGCUGGGCAUGUGUGCCACCACACCGACUCUGUGUAUCUCUCUCUUCCCAGGGUCAGAGUGGAGUGAACAAGUAUAUCUCACUGACUUCAAAAGGAAUGAUCUGAUGAUGUAACUUGCAUGCUUUCUGAACAGGCCGUUGUAUCCAUUCUGAACUUUGUUGCCCUGCAAUAUGUUGCUGCACUGAGAAGAAAGACCUAGUUUGAGUUGGCAUGGUGGAUGAUGGGUUAGCCUCUUACUUUUAUACUCCUUUUACUUUUAUCACAAAGAUAGCUUUUUUUCAUUUGUUAUUGGAAGAUCCAUUAAGCAAACUUUUUUAAAGAAAAUAUUUUCAAUAAGUGUAUCAUACCUGGGUUUCAUGUAACAUAACUUCAGGGUAUUUCAGAAACAUAUAUCACAUCAAGGCUGAAUUCUACAGGGAGCCAGG